UCUUGCUCGCCCGAAACCCUGAGCUCCAAGAGCUCGACCUCUCGAUCAUGGCUCAGCAGUGUCCGGCGGCCGCGGACCUCGCCCGGCCCGCGCGCUCCUGCCUUCAAGCGCUCACUGCUAGCGGACGACGAUGUGCGGCGCGACUCGGCCCUGCAGCCCAGCAGCAGCAAUUCGACCGCCGGCGACCACGAUGUGGCGGAGAGUAGGGCGAGUUUCGACGGUGUGGGUGGGCGAUUACCACGGGUACCAAGCCUACCCACUAUUGUAAUACAGGACGGGUCGAGGGGGUUUAAUAGCGUGGACGGGCGAAGUAAUAGGGCAAUUGGAGGCGAAAUGGGCAGGGAAGGCGCAUUCAAGGGCAUUGAGACGGACAUACCCUCUGGCGGGUUCGAGGACUUCGCGAGUCCGUCACAACUUGAGUUUUCGAAGAGGGGGAGCAUGCUGCUGGGCGGGAAGCGGGCAAAUAAAAUGAAUAAACAGCUGGGGUCAGCGAAAAAUAGGGACGCGGAGAAUUCGCCGCCGCUGGAGAGUUCGCCGCCGCAAGAGACUCCACGACCGCAGACACCGCCGCGACAGCAGCAACUGCAAACACCACUUUCCCCACCGCGACAGAUGCCGAGAUCGCCGCCGAGACUUACAAGAGGGCCCACGUUGAGGACUGCGGCGCAGAGUACGAGGGUGUUGUCUACGGAUGAGAUGACGCUUUCGAGGCGGGUGCGGUCGAUGUAUGAGCAUGGGAAUGAGAAUGCACCGGAGUGGGAGGAGCCGCCGCCUGUUUCGUGGCGGGAUAACCCCGCAAUUGAUGAUGAGAGUGUGUCCGAGACACCUUUAAAUGGAUCAACCUUGACCGUGGAUAAGACAUCUCAGAUUGGGACCGGAUCACAGCAUUCACUCCGAACGCCAAGCUUUGCGCCGAGUAGGAGGGAGAGCAUGAUCAUCAAGGAACCCACGGAAGCUGCAGGGGGCAUAGAGGACUGGGAAGAUAUUGGCGGGGGCGAAGUCGAUCGGUAUGGAUUCAUACUACCGAAAAAGGUUGGCUCGAGAGGGUCGAAUGGUUCGGGGGAGGAGGCUCCACGCCUUCAGAGGGUUUCAACGGCACUACAAAUUGUGUCCGAGGAGCCAAGGAGGAGACGGACAAUAAGGAGGUCUCCAUCGAAUGCGCGUUCAUCCAGGUCUGCGAACCCAUCAAGCAGACGAAAAGCACCCCGAUCUUUGAAACCCCCUACUGGCUCGAUAUAUUCUAACAAGACUACUACAUCAUUUAGCAGUACGCAGAACCCAAUCAGAUACGCAGCGAAUAGGCUACCGCAUAAUAGGGAUCGGAGAUGGAUGGACGAAGCCGCCGAUAUGCUCACUCUACCCCCUGGGCUCGCCGACAUCGCGGAGCAAGAAGAGGGUGGUAGGGCAGCGCUGGCGAUGAAGAAAAAGGAGAUCGAGCGGGAAGAAAAAUGGAGGAAAAUGGCCAAGGUGGUCACCAAGGGCGCAAAGAGCGGAGGCAUGAUUUUCGAAUUCGACACGAAGGACCCAAAGUUAGUAUCACGAACUUGGAAAGGCAUUCCGGACAGGUGGCGGUCAACGGCCUGGUAUGGAUUCCUAGCAGCGAGCGCGAAGAACGACAAGAACAGCCCGACGGAUCAAGACUUGAUUGAGAGCUUCUAUGAACUGCAAGAGGAGAGUUCGGCGGACGACAUGCAGAUUGACGUCGAUGUUCCUAGGACUAUUGGUGGCCAUGUCAUGUUCAGGAGACGAUAUCGAGGAGGACAACGACUCCUUUUCCGAGUCCUCCACGCCAUGUCACUGUACCUCCCAGACACCGGCUACGUCCAAGGCAUGGCUGCCCUGACCGCCACCCUACUCUGCUAUUACGACGAAGAAAAGGCCUUCGUGAUGCUAGUACGUCUAUGGCAGCUCCGCGGUCUAGAGCGCCUCUACGAGUCCGGCUUCGACGGCCUCAUGGAAGCCCUCGACGACUUCGAAAAGAACUGGCUCAACGGCGGCGACGUCGCCAAGAAACUCGAGGAACUCGGCAUCACCUCGACCGCCUACGGCACGCGCUGGUACCUGACCCUCUUCAGCUACAGCAUCCCGUUCCCCGCCCAACUCCGCGUCUGGGACGUCUUCAUGCUGCUCGGCGACGCCAGCCACAAGUCGCUCGCUCCCCCACCCAUCUCAACCCAUCCCACUACUACUCCAUCCCCCCCGCCGAAGCACAUGGCGAGCUUCAGCGGCGACUUGGACGUCCUGCACGCGACCAGCGCGGCGCUGAUUGACGCAAUGCGUGAGGUGCUGCUCGACUCGGACUUUGAGAACGGCAUGAAGGUGCUCACGAGCUGGAUCCCGGUGAAAGACGAGGAUCUGCUCAUGCGCGUCGCCAAGGCGGAGUGGAAGAUGCGGAAGAAGAGGGCCACGACG